UCAAUUUAGCCAUCAAAGGUCUCUAGAUUUCUUAUUUAAUUUCUUUUUUCCAGUCUUCCAAGAAAAAUGGCAAUUCUCAGCGCUAAGAAACUCAUCAAGUUAGUCAGGAGAUGGCAGAAGUUUGCCGCUAUGCAGAGGAAGAGGAUUUCAUUUCCAAGAAAUGAUAGUGAUGCAGACAGUUGCAGUACAUCUUCAUCCUCUAUAGUUGAGAAAGGCCAUUUUGUAGUUUAUACAGCUGAUCAAGCCCGCUUUGUCAUUCCAUUGGCUUACCUCGAAAAUGAAGUCAUUAGGCAGCUUUUAAACAUGUCUGAAGAAGAGUUUGGGUUGCCAAGUGGUGGCCCUAUUACAUUACCCUGUGAUUCAGCCUUCAUGAGUUACAUCAUUUCACUAAUCAAGAGAGGUGUAACUGCUGGAGAUCUUCACCAAGCACUACUCCUCUCAAUUCCUUCAGGCUAUUGUUCAACUUCUUCUUUGCACCAAGAAAGUGGAAGCCGGCUGAUUCUUGUUUGUUGAGUCAAGGCCAACAUUCUUUUUGUAAAUGUUAGAUCAGAAAUAGUUUUUAGAGAGGCGUACAUUGAAGAGUACACAAUUGUAAAGCACAUCAUAAAAAUUUAAUACUACUUUAUUUGAAAA